AGAUACAGAGGGAGAAGAAGAGACGUAUGUGACUGAUAUAAAGGCAGAAGAUAUAGAGGGAGAAGAAGAGACGUAUGUGACGGAUAUAAAGGCAGAAGAUAUAGAGGGAGAAGAAGAUACGUAUGUGACUGAUAUGAAGGCAGAAGAUAUAGAGGGAGAAGAAGAGACGUAUGUGACUGAUAUAAAGGCAGAAGAUAUAGAGGGAGAAGAAGAGACGUAUGUGACUGAUAUGAAGGCAGAAGAUACAGAGGGAGAAGAAGAGACGUAUGUGACUGAUAUAAAGGCAGAAGAUAUAGAGGGAGAAGGAGACGUAUGUGACUGAUAUGAAGGCAGAAGAUAUAGAGGGAGAAGAAGAGACGUAUGUGACUGUUAUUAAGGCAGAAGACAUAGAGGGAGAAGAGGAGACGUAUGUGACUGAUAUAAAGACAGAAGAUAUAGAGGGAGAAGAAGAGACGUAUGUGACUGAUAUAAAGGCAGAAGAUAUAGAGGGAGAAGAAGAGACGUAUGUGACUGAUAUAAAGGCAGAAGAUAUACAGGGAGAAGAAGAGACGUAUGUGACGGGUGAUCAGCAGUGUAAGGAGGAGGAGAUCCCUACAGAUAUCAGCACAGCAGGUGGACACACAAGCAGGAAUAUCUCAGAAGGACAUCUAAUGUUAUCCCCGGAUUGUGACAUAAAAGAUAAUGACAGUAGACAGGAUUCUCCAGGAGAUAAUCCCAUUACCCCAAUUAUACAUCCAGCUCUAUCAGCUGAUCCCCCUGAUCCUGGGAAAUGUUCUCCUGAUCACUCUGAUAUUGGUGCAUCUGUUACAGCUCUGACAGUAGAUACAGUGUUUCCCUGUUCUAUAGAUGCCAAAUGUUUUACACAGAACACAAAGCCUAUUACCCAUCAGCCAGCUAAGGCAGCUGAGAUGCCUUUUCCAUGUUCUGAGUGUGGAAAAUGUUUUACAUACAAUUCAGCUCUUGUUAUACAUCAGAGAAGACACACAGGUGAGAGGCCAUUUUCUUGCUCUGCGUGCGGGAAAUGUUUUACCCGGAACUCACAACUUGUUACACAUCAGCGAAGUCACACAGGUGAGAAUCCAUUUCCAUGUUCUGAGUGCGGGAACUGUUUUACAUACAAAUCACUUCUAAUACAUAAGAGAAUACAUACAAGUGAGAAACCAUAUUCCUGUUCUGAGUGUGGGAAUUGUUUUACAUACAAAUCAACUCUUGAUGCACAUAAGAGAAGUCACACAGGUACAUCACCAUUUCCAUGUUCUGAGUGUGGGAAACAUUUUGCACAGAAAUCACAACUUGCUAGACAUCAGAGAAGUCACACAGGUGAGAGGCCAUUUCCAUGUUCUGACUGUGGAAAAUGUUUUAUCUGGAAAUCACAACUUGUUAGACAUCAGUUAAGUCACACAGGUGAGAAGCCAUUUCCAUGUUCUGAGUGUGGGAAAUGUUUUGCCCGGAAAUCACAACUUGUUAGACAUCAGCUAAGUCACACAGGUGAGAGGCCAUUUUCUUGCUCUGAGUGUGGGAAAUGUUUUACACAGAAAUCAUAUCUUGUUAUACAUCACAGAAGUCACACAGGUGAGAAGCCAUUUCCAUGUUCUGAGUGUGGGAAAUGUUUUUCAGACAAAAUAGAGCUUGUUAGACAUCAGAGAAGUCACACAGGUGAGAAGCCAUUUUCUUGCUCUGAGUGUGAGAAAUGUUUUUCACGGAAAUCACAACUUGUUAGACAUCACAGAAGUCACACAGGUGAGAGGCCAUUUCCAUGUUCUGAGUGUGGGAAAUGUUUUGACCGGAAAUCAGAUCUUGUUAAACAUCAGAGAAGUCACACAGGUGAGAAGCCAUUUUCUUGCUCUGAGUGUGGAAAAUGUUUUACACAGAAAUCACAUCUUGUUAUACAUCACAGAAGUCACACAGGUGAGAAGCCAUUUCCAUGUUCUGAGUGUGGGAAAUGUUUUGCAGACAAACCAGAUCUUGUUAGACAUCAGAGAAGUCACACAGGUGAGAAGCAAUUUUCUUGCUCUGAGUGUGGGAAAUGUUUUGCCCGGAAAUCACAACUUGUUAGACAUCAGCUAAGUCAUACAGGUGAGAAACCAUUUCCAUGUUCUGAGUGUGGGAAAUGUUUUGCACACAAAUCAGAUCUUGUUAUACAUCACAGAAGUCACACAGGUGAGAAGCCAUUUCCAUGUUCUGAGUGUGGGAAAUGUUUUAGACAGAAAUCACAUCUUGUUACACACCAGAGAAGUCACAUAGGUGAGAAGCCAUUUUAAUCUUCUGGAGUAUACUUAUCAUUGCCAUGCAUUGUUCUUCAAGGUUCUUAUCCUAUGUCCUGUGCUUUUUGCAAUAUACAUGCUACCACUGGGGGAAAUAAUCAGAUGUCAUGCCCUCAUCUACCACUGCUAUACAGAUGAUCUGUCUUUUGUUCUGGGUACUGAGAACCCAGUACCAAUCCUAAAUGUCUGGCUGAGCUCCAGGUGUGGGUGAUGCCAGUUGGCUGUGACUCAAUCCUGGUGAAACAUGUCCUUAUGAUAGAAGCUCACCAACAAAGGGCAGGGCUACAGCUCAACUUUGUUGCCAACCAGACUUACGCUUGGGGGUUCAGGUUUACAAAAUGCUGGUCCUGUGCAGAAUCUUAGUGUCCUGGAUGGUGGAGGUAUCAGCCACAAUCAGAUCCUCAUCUGGGGAACAUAGCCAGACUCCAGCACUUAUUUCCCUCAGAAGAUCUACCUAGUCAUACAUGCACUUGUAUCAUCACACAUAGACUACUGCAAUGUCCUCUACCUGGGUCUCCCAGCAAAAGAAUUGCACCGCUUGUAGCUUGUACAGAAUGCAGCAGCCAGGCUGUUACCUAACCAGCCCAUUCCUGCCACAUAACACCCAUUCUCUACUCCCUCCACCGGCUGCCUGUAAGAUGGUGACUCUGGGCCUAAUUCAGGUUGGACUACAGUGUGUGAUCCAAAUGGAAUUAUUGAGAAAAAGUUGCAGACGCAUGUGCAGCGCCCGUCCUGCAUAUGCACCUUCAUUCUCUACGGGGGGCUGUAGGAAAUGUGAUUGCUUCUUGUUAAUCAGGCAGAGGCGGUCACGGGGUGGGGGGUAAAGGUCCGUUUCCAGUGAGAAGAUGGAGCGUUACAAGUGCUGUGUUGCGAGAAAGGGAGGCGGACAAACGGCAUGUUCACUGUGGCUGCAUGACAUCAUACGCAGCCAUCGCAAUCUAGAAGAACAUGGUGGGGAUCCUGCGGGCACAGCUAAGCUGGCAGGAUGCUUCACUAGUUUCUAGGAUGAAGCAGAAAUUGUGGAGCGAUCGCAAUUUCUGCUUCAUAAAGGGGGAGGUGCCGGUCAGCAUACUGGGCUGCCUUGCCCUGCGAUGGGCAGCCCCCAGCACGCUAGAAAAAAAAUUGCUAAUUAGCAGCAUCUGCUAUCCUUACUGACUUACUGUAGGCCCCUAUUACAUAAACUUACUGACUCUCCCAGCCCUACAUGACCAGGGUCCAUGUACCAGAAUCAGCUUCUGCCUCCUUACUGACUUACUGUAGGACCCUAUUACAGAAUCUUACUGACUCUCCCAGCCCUACAUGACCAGGGUCCAUGUACCAGAAGCAGCUUCUGCCUCCUUACUGACUUAAUGUAGGCCCCUAUUACAUAAUCUUACUGACUCUCCCAGCCCUACAUGACCAGGGUCCAUGUACCAGAAGCAGCUUCUGCCUCCUUACUGACUUAAUGUAGGCCCCUAUUACAUAAUCUUACUGACUCUCCCAGCCCUACAUGACCAGGGUCCAUGUACCAGAAGCAGCUUCUGUCUCCUUACUGACUUACUGUAGGCACCUAUUACAUAAUCUUACUGACUCCCAGCCCUACAUGACCAGGGUCCAUGUACCAGAAGCAGCUUCUGCCUCCUUACUGACUUACUGUAGGCCCCUAUUACAUAAUCUUACUGACUCUCCAAGCCCUACAUGACCAUGGUCCAUGUACCAGAAGCAGCUUCUGUCUCCUUACUGACUUACUGUAGGCACCUAUUACAUAAUCUUACUGACUCCCAGCCCUACAUGACCAGGGUCCAUGUACCAGAAGCAGCUUCUGCCUCCUUACUGACUUACUGUAGGCCCCUAUUACAUAAUCUUACUGACUCUCCAAGCCCUACAUGACCAUGGUCCAUGUACCAGAAGCAGCUUCUGCCUCCUUACUGACUUACUGUAGGCCCCUAUUACAUAAUCUUACUGACUCUCCAAGCCCUACAUGACCAUGGUCCAUGUACCAGAAGCAGCUUCUGCCUCCUUACUGACUUACUGUAGGCCCUAUUACAUAAUCUUACAGAAUCUCCCAGCCCUACAUGACCAGGGUCCAUGUACCAGAAGCAGCUUCUGCCUCCUUACUGACUUACUGUAGGCCCCUAUUACAUAAUCUUACUGACUCUCCAAGCCCUACAUGACCAUGGUCCAUGUACCAGAAGCAGCUUCUGUCUCCUUACUGACUUACUGUAGGCACCUAUUACAUAAUCUUACUGACUCCCAGCCCUACAUGACCAGGGUCCAUGUACCAGAAGCAGCUUCUGCCUCCUUACUGACUUACUGUAGGCCCCUAUUACAUAAUCUUACUGACUCUCCAAGCCCUACAUGACCAUGGUCCAUGUACCAGAAGCAGCUUCUGCCUCCUUACUGACUUAAUGUAGGCCCCUAUUACAUAAUCUUACUGACUCUCCCAGCCCUACAUGACCAGGGUCCAUGUACCAGAAGCAGCUUCUGCCUCCUUACUGACUUAAUGUAGGCCCCUAUUACAUAAUCUUACUGACUCUCCCAGCCCUACAUGACCAGGGUCCAUGUACCAGAAGCAGCUUCUGUCUCCUUACUGACUUACUGUAGGCACCUAUUACAUAAUCUUACUGACUCCCAGCCCUACAUGACCAGGGUCCAUGUACCAGAAGCAGCUUCUGCCUCCUUACUGACUUACUGUAGGCCCCUAUUACAUAAUCUUACUGACUCUCCAAGCCCUACAUGACCAUGGUCCAUGUACCAGAAGCAGCUUCUGUCUCCUUACUGACUUACUGU